AUGGCGAUGACUUUUGGUUGGAAGAGCGAAGAAGAAGACACCAAAAUGAAGAUUGAGGAGGUAGACACAAAACCAAUUCUCAAGUCAUCGACAUCACCGACUCCUAGACUUCCCAAAACCGAAGACAACGAUGUCAAACUCACGUUCGUUAAAGCGGAAUCGGAGGAGGCAGCCAAGGUAGAAAAGGCAGAGCCUGCGGACAUUGAGAUGUUGUCUGUAUGUGAAGACUCGGAGGAAGAAAGGAUGUUCGGGGCCAAAGCCGCAAAACCGACGCCGCAUGUUGACGAACCAUUCCAACGAAACGCGACGGCUGGACCUUCGUGCCCGGACAAUGCUCAGAGCACCACUCGGACCGAGCAGGAUCGUACACCUCUGGUUCAUCGUCCGGACAAGCUCAAUAAAAGGCUCGUCUUUGAGGCGGUUCAAGUGCCGACCCUCGAAGACGUGUUGAAGUCAUACCGUGUUCAGGCCAAACUUCCCGACCACCGAGAGGAGGUUAAAGAAGUGAAAAAGGCGAAAGUCAAGAAGAACAACAUGGAAUGGAAUCUCGAUACGGUUACGCGAAGGCUCGACGCCAUAGGGCACGACCUAUACCCGAUCGAUCUACCCGACGAUAUCAAGCAAGCAUGUUUUUCUCGUAACUUCCUGUGCAAUCUAUACGGUGGAAACAUACGUAAAACCUUCCCGUUCGACAACAAAGACGACGAUGACCUCGUUCGCGGGGUCCCAAAGAACGAAUUCAUGUACCCGAACUUAAACUAUAAUCCCCAUCUUCCGUUGAUUCCCGGAGCACCUGGGCUGUACUCACAGGCUAAUUACCCGGCCGGUGCGGGCCCGUGGCCUAGGAUACAGAGGGUUAUGGUGAGAGUCAGGGUUGGGGUGUGGCAGUAUAUGGGGCAUUAUGAACUUAUACCGACCACUUCACUGACCAGGGACGAGUGGAAGGAGCAGGACGUUAUUGUGCGGAGGACCUGGGCACGGAAGAUCUUUGAUAAAGGAUGGGGACGCCCAUUGCGUGCCAGCAUCACUCUCCGUAAACGACUCGGCAGGGAGCCUACUCACAAAGAACAGCAGGAAGCUCUCGCGACCGACAAAACAUUUCAAAGUGAUAUCACUGCAGCAGAUAUAGCUGCAGCAUUUGAUCGUGGCGAGCAGGCUCUGUCGAUGUGGUGUAUGAAAUGUGUCGGGUACGACACCGAAUUUCAGCGGUUCCUCGUGGCUCGUUCUGCCACGACAACUAUUCCGAAUGCCAGGCGAGACCUCUGA